AUGAAUUUCGGAUUCACCCCGUCUCCGAUUGUUAGCACAGAGCCGAUAGAUUGCACGGAUUCAAUUUUGGAUCUCUGUACGCGACGAGGACCACGCCCACCAUCUCUAGCUCAAGACCCUAAGCAGACCCCGCAUUCGAACCUUAAAACCCCCUUUAUGUACAAUGAUUUAUCGGAGGAUAGCAAGCACUCGAUUCACUUAAACAUGAAGAACCCGCUGAUGUACACAGAAAUGCCAUCCUCAACGGUUGGUGUUUCCAGUCCUGGCUCCGAAACAUCAGACAUAUCAACAUCGUCCGAUUUAUAUCGUGACGUACACCCGUCGCCAUCGUAUAUGCCAAAGGUGAAAAUUCCUCGUCCAUUCAAAGCGUAUCCAAAGAAUCCAUUAUCGCUGACGGCAGCCGAAUGCGUCCUCAACAAAACGUCAACGGAAGCGUAUGAGGAAUUUCGGAAACGAAUGCUGUCCCAAGUGCAGACAGGGGGCGCAGGUAUUACGAAUAAGAACAUGCGAAGAGUCCCCCCAACAAACAACCUCCACAAUCGCAACGACGCCAGCUACUGGGAGAAGCGUAGGAAAAACAAUGAAGCGGCCAAACGUUCGAGAGAUGCCAGAAGGGCAAAAGAAGAUGAACUUGCGAUUAGAGCCGCGUUUUUGGAAGGAGAAAACCUUCACUUGCGAUGCGAACUUGCGAACAUGCGAAUAGAAUUAGAAGAGCUGAGAAGCGUCGUGUAUCGACGUCCAGUGCAAGCUUAG